AUGAAGGUGGAGGAAGAGCUGAGGGGCGGCGGCGGAGCGGUGACCGGUGCUCGGGGCAGCAACGACUGCUGCAUCACCAGACUGCUGAGCGUCGUGGAGAGCGAGUUACAGGCCGGCCGAGAGAAGGGAGACCCCACUGAGAAACAGCUCAAAGUCACCCUGGAAGAUUCCGAACUCUGGAGGAAAUUCAAAGAAGUGACCAAUGAGAUGAUUGUGACCAAGAACGGCAGAGCUGGCAGCGGAGAGGACGACGAGAGAGAACCAGCUCUAAAUGAAAUAAUUGCUGUGAUCAUGCUGAAUUCUCUCCAUAAGUACGAGCCUCAGAUUCAUAUUGUUCGUGUAGGAGGCAGCCACAGGAUGGUGACCAACAUCUCUUUCACAGACACUCAGUUCAUCGCUGUAACGGCCUACCAGAAUGAAGAGAUAACUGCACUGAAGAUAAAGCACAAUCCGUUUGCCAAAGCUUUCCUUGAUGCAAAGGAAAGGAGCCAUCCUAAGAAUCAUCUCGAACUGCCAGCUGAAAACCAGCAUAUGGGCAUACCGCACUGCGGAUGGUUCAUAUCAAAUCCAGACACUCUGUGUUCUGCUAGUGGUGGUAACUUUCCGUACCCAGGAGGUUUACCGCUUACUCCCCACCAUGGGUACAAACACUACCCAGGCCUGCAUGGGCACCGAGCAGCCCCGUACCCAUCGCCCUACCUGCCCCGCCAUCAUCACCACCGUGGCCAUAACUCAGUGUCUCUAUCUGAGAAUCUGAGUCCAGGUGCUGUGCAGAUGUUCUCUGGUCAUGAGGGAUGGACAGGUGUGUCUCCUUCUGGUCCUGCUGCGAUGCUGUCUAUGCAACCUGCUCCAAGCUCUCCUGGAGUCAGCAGUCAGUAUCCAUGCCUGUGGACUGUGAGCAGCUGCACUGUAUCAUCCAGUCCUCCGGGGGGCAUUGUGAGCGCCACACACAGCCAGGAGGAGCCCGCAGAUGGAGGCUCCACCGUAACAUCACCCUGCUCUUUGCUGCAAGGCCACGGACCAACCAGCUCUGAGGGUGGUGUAGAUCAAGCCAAUCACAGUAGGGUAGGCGGGGUGAGCUGGCCUUCUGUCUCCACCCACUCAUUUUGA